CGGAACGGCCUCUGGUGACAUUUUCUCCGGGCGGCGCGGACGAGUGAAGGGACUUGGUGGAGGAGGCUGCGGAGGCGGCGGGGUUCGCUUUGGCCUCCCCUCCACCCCGGUUGGGGUCCUGACCGCAACCCUCUACCCGUCGCUGGAGCUUGCGCUGAGGAGAGAAGGCGACGGUGGGGCCGUCGCGUUCCGAGUCGCCGCGGCCCGGAGGGACCCGGCCGGGGGGGGGCUCGGUGCGUGCCCCGACGGGGCGCGCGCGGAGCGGGCGACGAGGUGCGGGGCCGCUGAGCAACGCAGGUUGGUUUCCUGUUACAUCUUUGACAUAGUUUGCUAGACUGCUCCAUGAAUUAACUCGAAAAUCUGAAAUGAAGAUGGAGGAGGCAGUGGGAAAAGUUGAAGAACUCAUUGAGUCUGAAGUGCCACCAAAAACAUCUGAACAAGAGACAGCUAAGGAGGAAGAUGGAUCUGUGGAACUGGAAUCUCAAGUUCCAAAAGAUGGUGUGGUGGAUUCUACAGUUCUUUCUUCAAUGCCCUGCUUGUUGAUGGAACUGAGAAGGGACUCUUCUGAGUCUCAGUUAGCAUCCACAGAGAGUGACAAGCCGACAACUGGCCGAGUUUAUGAGAGUGACUCCUCUAACCACUGCAUGCUUUCCCCUUCCUCUAGCGGUCACCUGGCCGAUUCAGAUACAUUGUCUUCUGCAGAGGAGAAUGAACCCUCCCAGGCGGAAACAGCGGUAGAAGGAGACCCUUCCGGAGUGUCUGGUGCCACAGUUGGGCGUAAGUCUCGCCGGUCACGAUCUGAAAGUGAAACAUCCACCAUGGCUGCCAAGAAAAACCGGCAGUCCAGUGAUAAACAGAAUGGCCGAGUUGCCAAGGUUAAAGGUCAUCGGAGCCAAAAGCACAAGGAGAGAAUCAGGCUACUGAGGCAGAAGCGGGAGGCUGCUGCACGGAAGAAAUAUAACCUGUUGCAGGACAGUAGUACCAGUGAUAGUGACCUGACUUGUGACUCAAGCACGAGCUCAUCAGAUGAUGAUGAAGAGGUUUCAGGGAGCAGCAAGACAAUCACUGCAGAGAUACCAGAUGGACCUCCAGUUGUAGCUCAUUAUGAUAUGUCUGACACCGGCUCUGAGCCAGAAGUGGUAAAUGUGGACAAUUUAUUGGCGGCUGCAGUAGUUCAAGAGCACAGUAAUUCUGUAGGAGGCCAGGACACAGGAGCUACCUGGAGGACCAGCGGGCUUCUAGAGGAGCUGAAUGCAGAGGCAGGUCAUUUGGAUCCAGGAUUCCUAGCAAGUGAGAAAACAUCUGCUGGCAAUGCACCACUCAAUGAAGAAAUUAAUAUUGCCUCUUCAGAUAGUGAAGUGGAGAUUGUGGGGGUUCAGGAACAUGCAAGGUGUGUUCAUCCUCGAGGAGGUGUGAUUCAGAGUGUUUCUUCAUGGAAGCAUGGCUCCAGCACACAGUAUGUUAGCGCCCGGCAAACACAGUCAUGGACUGCUGUGACUCCUCAGCAGACUUGGGCUUCACCUGCAGAAGUUGUUGACCUUACAUUGGAUGAGGAUAGCAGACAUCAAGCUUUUGAAGAGAUCGUGAACCUCCAGUUUUAGCCCCUCAUGCAUGGCCACAAUUCUAGGCAAAAACCAAAGACCCAGAGGCCAGAGCAAAAUAGGACCUUCUGCAGAUUCACUACUGGUGUAUCCUUGGACCUUCACAUUUUACUUUAGGUUUAAUUUAUUGAAUUUUACUGUUACACAUUGUUUUUGACUUGAAUUAAAAUGCUAGACAAAGCAGAAAUGUACAAUUUCUGGUCUGUAUUUUCCAGGAAUAUCAUUGGGGAAAGAAUAGAGUGAGUUAUAUGACUUGAAGUUUUUGCAGCUUAUUUUUCCCCCAGUAUCAGGGCAGAGCCCCAUUUUAUUUCAUUUUUAAUUUAAUUGUUUGCCACACCUGGUAGCUUGUGGGAUCUUAGUUCCCCAAACAGGGAUCAAACCCACGCCCUCAGCAGUGAAAGUGCAGAGUCCUAACCACUGGACUUCCAGGUAAUUCCCCAGAGCCCCAUUUUAAAGAACAUUUUUGCAUUACCUGUUCUUGCGUUAGCAGUAUGUUUUGUUUUGUUCACUUCCAUAUAGCAGGUGAUUUCCCAGGACAUAUUUUCUUUAGUCCCUCACAGUCAUCCUUUAAUGAGAAUUCUUUCAGUUUGUUGUAUGUACUGUGGGUUGGGAACAGAGAGUGGAGUUUUAACCAAGCUCUUUUCUGGCUUUUUGCUUUUGUAUUGGGUUAAAGUUUGUCCUUACCUGUCCCUUUUCCACCACCCUUACUACCUGGCUUAGUGCACCAGAACAAAAAUGUAAGAUGCAGAAAGCAGGGAGGGGAAGGGAUGGUGGAAAUAGUCAGCUUUUCUCGCUACUAGUUUGAGACUUUUCCACCUACUAACUAACUAUAGAGAGACUGUGUUUCAACUCUUCUUUCAUUGCCAGGUCCAGGAGAGUAGGGAUGUGGUUUCUGGCAAGCUAUUAAUGAUAAAUUCUGGGGUAAAUAUUCUGACAUUUAAAAUUUCUUUAAAGGGGAUCUUUUCUAACCAGUUUUGCAUUUGGUAGCAUAAACACUUUAUACUUCACAGUCUCUUCAAAGUAAUAUCUCUGGUAAAAUGGUACACUUUGGUCACAGAUUGGUUUAUGGCACCAAAAUGGCUAAGUGCCCCCCUUCCCUCAAUUUGAAACCACAGAGUGGUAACUUAGCUAUUGCAUCACCAUGACUGCCCUGCGAGAUGUAAUUGCUGCUUGCUUCAUUUUGAUGGAAGGGGCCAAACUGAAUGGACUCCAUUAUUCAUAGCAACUGAGCAUCCCAUAAACUCUGCUUUCAUUAUUACCAGUUGUGAAUAUGAACCAUCUAAUUUGCUAAUUUAGUCAAUUGUUCACUGUUACUUUUAGCAAAUUAGCACCAUAGGUAAUUUAAAAACGAAUUUGUUGCCUGCUUUUUAUAUAUACUGUAUCACAAGGUUCUUGAAAAAGCUGGGGGCACAAUUUUGUCUUUGAGUUUAAAGUUGUUUUUUUUUUUUAAAGGCAAAGAGUUCCCCCAAUCCCUGUUUUUCAGUAUGUGUAUGAUGCGACUUCCAUGUAUAUAUAAAAAUGAUUGCGCCCUAACCAAACUUCCUCAGAUUGUGCACUGUUUGUUUAAAAUAAUCACGUAUUUUAGUCCAAUGCUGUUGUAUUUUUCAUUUUAUUUAAAACACUACGUACUUCUUAUUCUUUUAACAAGUUUUAAAGGGUAGUGAUCUUAAAAAAAAAAAAUCACUGGAUAACUAGGAAAUAACUUUAUGUUGUUUUUUUGUUUUUUUAAAGAGUACAAAGGUCUUUAAAGCCUUUUGCUCCUCUUACCGUGAAAGUGAAAUGUUAGCCAUUGUAUGGCUAGGAACCAAUGCACUUGGUGGUUAACAGAUCUGCUGUUGCUGGAGCGUGGACUUGAUGCAGUGACGACAAAUCAUUGCUUAGAAUUAAUGUUUUAAAAUGUGCAACUCUAGUUUUUAAAAUAGAAUUUGGUUCUUCUUUACGUUCAUUAUUUAGUUUUUGUUUCCAUUUAGUAUUUAAUGGUCUUUGGAGAAAAAAAAUAAAACAGAGUGUUAUAUAUAUAUUUUUUGGUGCAAGAUAAGAUUUUCUGUUUUUUGAAAUAAGUCUGUAGCAUAAAGGUUAAACUAUUUUAAGACAAAAUAAAAUAGAAUGUAUUUAAACAAAGAUAA